ACACACAAAUCCUUCAUUUAGUUUCAUUAAAGAGAGAAGAAGAAAAGCCGGCGUCCGCCAUGUCUGGUUUGCAAAGAUCUGAAGUGUCUUUCAGGAGGCAGGGGUCUUCAGGGCUUGUUUGGGACGACAAAUUUUUGUCGGAGGCGUUGAAACAAGAAGGAGAAACGAAGCAGCUACAGCAAGACGAACAGGGGCAGUUACAAGACAGUAGUAAUCCAGAAAAGAUUAACACCGUUAAGCCGACAAGAAACCUUGGACCAGUCAACACCGUUGAAAGAAGCCGAUCCCACGGUGAGAGACGAAGUUACCGAACUGGUAAGGUGUCCCCUGCUAUUGAGCCGCCUUCUCCGAAGGUGUCAGCUUGUGGAUUUUGCAGUGCUUUUGGGAAACAACCCAAGAAUCAUAGGAAAAAUCCUGGUAAGAUUAGAUCAAGAUAGGCCUUUUGCUGGUAACCGGAGAUGGGAAUUCCGGUGAACUUCAUGGGUAGUGGUUAGUACAGUAGUAAAUGUUUUCUUCUUCUUCUUUUGGGUGUUAAAAGUUUUGAUCUCUUUUAAUUUAGUUAAUGUUUGUGGUUUGAAAUUUUGGAUUGAUAUGUAAUUAAAAUAAUCUGUAAAUUUUUUAGUAUUUGGGUGUUGAUGAGACAGAAUGUUCGAAAUCUUGAUUGACAGUCAUCUAUUGG